AUGCCCCCAAACGAGCUGUACCAGUUCUCGGUCGUCUCAGCGCUCAUGGACGGCGUAGCCGGCACCGGCGUCCCGCUGCGCCGCGUGAUCGAGCACGGGUCCCACGGCCUCGGCACAUUCCGAGGCAUGCGGGGCGAGCUGAUCGCGCUCGACGGCGAGGUCUGGAAGAUGAAGCACGACGGGAGCGUGCUCCGGGCGGACAUCACGCCCGAGUCGCAGACAGAAGACUACUCGCCCUUCGCGAUGGUCACGGACUUUGUCGCCGAGCACCGGGGCACGGCGACACUGAGCGCCAAGUCGGGCGUCGAGGACGUCCUCCGCCGCCUCGCGCCAGACGCACACAACACGCACAUCGCGUUCCGGAUAGACGGCGCGUUCAAGAGCAUCAAGGUGCGCACGGCGCAGGGGCAGUGCUUCCCCGGCGAGGGGCUCAAGGACGUCGCGAGCCGCCAAGUCGAGGUCACGCUGCCCGCGAGCCACGGCACCGUCAUCGGCUUCCGCUCCCCCCAGUUCCUGCAAGGCGUCGUCGUCGCCGGCGUGCACAUGCACUACAUUGACGCGGGGCGCACGGCCGGCGGCCACGUGCUCGCGCUCGAGAGCGACGGCGAGGUGCAGGUGCAGGUCGCGGAACUGUGGCGCACGGUCAUGGACCUGCCAAGGGGGGACACGGCCUUCAAUGAGGCGCCGCUUGCGCUCAACGACGGCGGGAUCAAGGCUGUUGAGGGGUAG